GAUAGGUUGGCACCGAGCGAGCGUAGAGACAGUCCAUGAUGGGGGCUCGGGUUGGACGUAUGUUCAGAAAUUUUAAUUUAGAAAAUCGUGCUCACCGUGAAAUAGCGAAGGAAAAGCCGGUCGCCGCUCCUCGACACCCAACUCCAGUGGCUGAGAGCGCUGAAGAAAUUGUGCAGGAAAUCCAUAAGAAAAAUGACCCGUUGCUGUCAUUAUUGAAGACUGUGUAUGUGGAAUCAAACGAUCCAGCACCUCAGAGUGUGGCAUCUGAGUCCAAGAUAACAGCAGUAACUGAACGGAGGCAGUUGAAGUUUAGCCUACCAAGUGACCCAUAUGGCAUAUGCGAUAUCACCGAAGUCCCUAAAGGAAAACUCUCCAUUGUCGAGGCCCUCCAUGCACUCAACAACCACAAACGGGAACCUCAGACAUGGACUCCAGAAAAAGUGGCCCAAGAGUUCUCUUUAGACUUGAAAGAUACCAAGGGCCUUUUGACCUUUUUUAUACCCUUUGAAAUGAAAAUAAUACCACCCAGCGAAGAUGUGCCCAAACAGAUAAAGGACUCUUAGGAUUUAGGAGCACAUUCUGUCUAUAUCUGAUGCAAACUAUGUCAAGGUUGAAUUUGUGUGUGUGUUUGUGUGGAAAUAUUACAUGUUUAUUUCGAUAUUCUGUGAAUACUGAGAAGUAUUUUUUUUUUCGCCCAAAGUGGAGUACAAUUAUUUAUUGACAUGCUGUAUGUUAAAUGUCUGUAAUACCACGUUAUAAAGGCAAAAUAUUAUAUGUUGUAAUGUGAAUUUAAAGAAAACACGCACAAUAUUUUGAA